GAAUACCGGGCGGUUAGGGGGCGAAAGGAACCUCGCACAGGGAAGCCCUGGAUCUGCAGAAGCGCUCCCCGAGAUGCCUGCUCAGUCCACAGCGCGUGGCCCCUUCCAGGCGCUUCCACUUCUUGGCAAGGGGCCGGAGAUCUCUCCUCUACAACAGCAAGUGGCUCGCGCCGACCUGAGCGAGGCCGUGGACUCAGCGGAGCUCCAGGUCCCGCCGGCUGGCGCGCGGAGCUGCCCUGGCGCCGCGGCAGGAGCCGCGCGCAGGUGCCGGGCUCAGGGUUCGCCACCCGCCCGCUUCUGAGCGCGCUGCGCCUCAGGCCACACAACCACCACCCUGGUCCUCGGGCUACCGUCGCGGCACGCGGCCGGCUGUCUUCAGCCAAAGACCCUCACCCCGGUGGACGCCUUUGUUCCGCUCACCGACCCAGUCCGCCACACCGGGCAAAGGAAAAGCCCGCGCCCGGUUCCCGCAUCCUCGCGGCUCCGCAGUCACGCUCAAGUCUCAAUUAUUCUCAAAGUGGGGGCAGCACUAGUGGGCGGCCGCAGGAGACGAGCGCGACGUCCUCUCUACCCCUCGGCUGGGGACACCCUACCCCGCACCAAACUCACCAGCGCGCACAGCGCUGCGGACCGCCAGACACGUUCCAAGUCCCAACAGCACGCAGUGAGCCUUCGGGGCCUGCCGGUCGCACUGGCCUCGCAGAGCUGGUGUGUCGGGAGGCUGGCCGGAAGGAGGAGUCGGACCGCAAAAGUCACAGCAGUUCUCUACCCGCCUCCAAAAACGUCGCGGGGAGCGCCGCGGGGAGGGACGCGCGCCGGCGCACCCUGCGCUCGCCAGAACGGGCUGCGCGGCUCGUCCCGUGCCCAGAGGAGCCAAAUGCCAAGUCCCCUAAUUGGCGGAGGCAGUGACACCGCCGCUGCGGCACCGAGAGCCCACACAGCCCGGAGGAUGGAGAGCCGGGAGGGGACGCGCAGGUGGCGGCGGAGGGCGGGGCGCGGCCCGAGGGGACCGGCUGCAGCGCCAGCUCCUCCUCCGCCGCCCCAGGCCACCCCUCUCCCCGCGAGCUCGUCGGCCGCUGCCGCCCGCUGGCUGACGGGCGCACAGCUCCGCGGCUUGCCAGCUCGUGCGCGCGCACCCGGAAAGGGUGGGGGCGCCUGGAGAGUAAGGACCACGCGGGAGGGGGCCAGUCAAGUCAUGUUGGCUGCUGCCGGCUUUGUGGAGGGACCCUUUGGUUUUCAGCACUCCUCGAGCGGACGCGUUUGUUCCAUUCUGGUAGGCGAGGAAGACAUCCCUUUCUGUGUGCUCGCAGCUCCGCUUUGCGUGGCUCAGAAUGGCUAGAGGGAAAAUCUGGCCUGGAGACUCGGAUUCUGUUACUUUGGGAACCAGGCCAGGCAUUAGUGGGCUGGGUGGGUGCUCUCGGUGUGAAAAGUCUAACCGUCCAAGUCACAGUUUCUGUGUCUGCCCAUACCUAUCCAUGAUU